AUGUUGGGGCGUAUCUUCGACGGCUCGGGUCGUGCGAUCGACAAGGGUCCCAAGGUGCUGGCCGAGGAGUUCUUGGAUAUCAACGGUAGCCCUAUCAACCCCUAUUCACGGGUCUACCCGGAAGAAAUGAUUUCGACCGGUAUCUCGGCCAUCGACACCAUGAACUCGAUUGCGCGCGGCCAAAAGAUCCCCAUUUUCUCCGCCGCCGGUCUCCCGCACAACGAAAUCGCCGCCCAGAUUUGCCGGCAGGCCGGGUUGGUGCAGCGCCAGGGCGUCACAAACAAGGGUGUCCACGACGGCCACGAGGAUAAUUUCUCGAUCGUCUUCGCGGCUAUGGGUGUCAACCUGGAAACUGCCCGGUUCUUCACUCGCGACUUCGAAGAGAACGGCAGCUUGGAGCGCAAAACCCUUUUCCUCAACCUUGCCAACGACCCUACUAUCGAAACGUAUUAUCACGCCGCGCCUCGCCCUCACAACUGCCGAGUAUUACGCCCUACCAGCUCGAAAAGCAUGUCCUCGUCAUUCUCACCGAUCUCUCCUCAUUUCCCCGGUUACAUGUACACGGAUUUGUCCACCAUCUACGAGCGUGCCGGUCGUGUGGAGGGCCGGAACGGCUCUAUCACGCAGAUCCCGAUUCUGACCAUGCCCAACGACGAUAUCACACACCCCAUCCCCGACUUGACGGGCUACAUUACCGAAGGCCAGAUUUUCGUCGACCGUGGCCUGUACAACCGCGGCAUCUACCCCCCCAUCAACGUGUUGCCGUCGCUGUCCCGUCUCAUGAAGUCGGCCAUCGGCGAGGGCAUGACGCGGAAGGACCACGGCGACGUGUCCAACCAGCUGUACGCCAAGUACGCCAUCGGCCGUGACGCAGCCGCCAUGAAGGCCGUCGUCGGUGAGGAGGCUCUGUCGGCCGAAGACAAGCUCUCGCUCGAGUUCCUCGACAAGUUUGAGCGCACCUUUAUUAGCCAGAGCCCGUACGAGUCGCGGACCAUUUUCGAGUCUCUCGAUCUCGCGUGGAGUCUGCUGCGCAUCUACCGCAAGGAUAUGCUGAACCGUAUCCCCGCCAAGAUUCUCAGCGAGUUCUACCAGCGGUCGUCGGCGGACCGCAAGGGCAAGGGCAAGGCGACGACCAAGGACACGAGGGACACGGCGGCGCCCGAGGAGGAGAACUUGAUCGAUGCAUGA